UUACAGUUAAAACAAGCAUUAAAGAGACGUUUCAAAUAAUUACUCGGUGUUAUUUUCCCAUCCGAUAUAAAUGCUAUUUACGCAGAAAAUUAGACAUUUUGCACACAGAUGCUAGGCUAACAUGCUACCUACUCAAGCUAACAGACCUUAGUUUGUUGUGACUUUGAUAACAUUACUGUCCACAGUGUGUCCCAACGCAGUGUUUAAAUGGGGCAAGUGAGUUAAACAGCUGUUUUGGCACGAACGAGUGACUAAAUUUAUAAAGUUAUAAAGACAUUUUGCAGCCUAACGUGCCUAAUUUGGGCAGAUAUUAGGAUGGACGUGGACGGCUGGGACUCCAGUCUGGAGGAAGAAUUAGGUGUUUCUCUGGACGACCUCAGGAAGUGCAUUGAAGAGGCCGUGGAGCAGAGUGAGAUCGUGAAGAAGAAAAAGGCUCAGCUGACGGAGCUGAAGAAAUGGGUGGAGCAGAAGGAGAAGGAAGAGGCUUUGACUGAAGGACUCCUCAAGGACGCCAGCCAGUCCAUUCUUGAAUGUGAGAUGCUGGUGAAGGCCACCUUCCGUAGGAAUGGUCUUGUUUACGGGGAGAGCAGCUCCGAGGAUGAGGGAGGUGGAGGAGGGAUGCUGCCCUCUUCUGAGGUCAUAGAAAUAGAGGACGAUGAUGAGGAUGACGAUGUCAUUGCCGUUGGCUGUUUGGUUCCUCCCACGAAGCCCCUGACUCCUGUGAAAGAUUCAAUGCUAACAGAAGCAUCUGCAGCGAUACAGAAAACCAGUCAUCAGGUGCAGAAGUUGGCUCAGAUGGUCAAGCCAACAGCAGGGGUCUCUAUUCUCCGGUCUACAGGACCACCAGGUGCUGCGGGUUCAGCGCCAGCAGUGUUUGUGUCACAGGUUGCCUCUGGGUCCUUGACCCAGCCCAAGGCAAACGUAGAAGAGGACGAGGUCCGAAUCGGGAUGAACAUUUUGGGAAAGAAACGCACAAAGACGUGGCACCGAGGCGUCCUGGUCGCUAUCACCCCCGUCGCGAACGACACAUUCAAAUACAAAGUGAAGUUCGAUAAAGGAAAGAGUUUGCUGUCAGGAAACCAUGUGGCCUUUGAUUACAACCCCACCCUGGAGAGUCUGUAUGUUGGUGCACGUGUGGUCGCCAAGUACAAGGACGGCAACCUGGUGUGGUUGUACGCAGGAAUAGUCGCAGAGAUGCCCAACAAUAAAAACCGUAUGAGGUUCCUCAUAUUUUUUGACGAUGGCUACGCUUCUUAUGUAACACUACCUGAGCUCUUCCCCGUCUGUCGACCGAUGAAACGUACCUGGGAGGACAUAGAGGACGCGUCGUGUCGAGACUUCAUAGAGGAGUACAUCACUGCGUAUCCCAGCAGGCCCAUGGUGCUGCUGAAGGUCAACCAGAUCAUCAAGACAGAAUGGGAGGGCACCUGGUGGAAGAGCAAAGUGGAGGACGUUGACGGCAGCUUGGUGAAGAUUCUCUUCCUGGAUGAUAAAAGGAGUGAGUGGAUCUACAGAGGGUCCACCAGGUUGGAGCCCAUGUUCAAUCUGAAGAUGACCACAGCCAACACCCAGGAGAAGAAGCUGGCCGGCCAGCAGAGGACACGACCAAAUAUGGGCGCGUUGAGGAGCAAAGGUCCAGUUGUGCAGUACACCAGUGAUGGACUAGUGGGAGCCUCUCCUGUCAAAACCACACAGAUCACCGUGUCUCCGUCCCCACCGACUGUACAGCCCCGUCCUCUGCUAGCACAACCCCCGCAAAUUCAACCAAGCCCCCAGCCACGCAUGGACACCAAACAUCAGAUGGCAAAGAAGAGCACCUCACCAUUUGUCCCCGGGGUGGGGGGCACACAUGCUUCUAAAGUCAUGCAGUCUCUUUCGUCCACUUCCUCCAACCUCCCUGGACCUGCUGCUGUAACAAUCCACAGAGGAAGAACGCUGAAUCCUCCGACUAUCACCUACCAGAGACAGCAGUCCACACCAGCACCUGUCCACCCCGUUAUGACCCGCGCCGUGUCCACCGUCCCACAACAGGCCCCCUACCGCGCCCCUACAGACCGCAUCUUCUACAUGGUGCACACGUGUCAGCCCGCCUGUCUCAACCGCGUCCGACCCUCCAAAUCAGACGUUCACAGAGGGAAGAACCCCCUCCUCACACCGUUACUCUACGACUUCAGACGGAUGAUAGGAAGACGCAAAGUCAACCGCAAGAUGUUCUUCCAUGUGAUCUACAAGGCCCCGUGUGGACUCUGUCUUCGUAACAUGCCAGAGAUCCAGAACUACCUCUUCCUGACACAGUGUGACUUUAUAUUCUUGGAGAUGUUCUGUUUGGACCCCUAUGUUCUCGUGGACCGCCGCUUCCAGCCUCAGAAGCCGUGCUAUUACAUUCCAGACAUCACUGAUGGAAAAGAGGACAUCCCCCUUUCCUGCGUCAAUGAGAUUGAUUCCACUCCACCGCCUGACGUAGCCUACAGUAAAGAACGUAUUCCUGAAGAUGGAGUGUUUAUCAACACCAGCUCCGACUUCCUGGUUGGAUGUGAUUGUACCGACGGAUGUCUAGACAAAUCCAAGUGCUCCUGUCAUCAGCUGACGCUGCAGGCCACAGGUUGUACUCCAGGUGGUCAGAUCAACCCCAACGCUGGAUAUUUGUACAAACGAUUAGAGGAGUGCCUGCCCACGGGCAUCUACGAAUGUAACAAACGCUGCAAAUGCUGUGCUGAGAUGUGCACAAACCGCCUCGUUCAGCACGGCCUGCAGGUGCGUCUCCAGCUUUUCAAGACCCAGAAUAAAGGCUGGGGCAUUCGCUGUCUGGACGAUGUCGCCAAGGGUUCUUUUGUCUGCAUCUACGCUGGUAAAAUCCUGACGGAUGACUUUGCAGAUAAAGAGGGUCUGGAAAUGGGUGAUGAGUACUUCGCAAAUCUAGAUCACAUUGAAAGUGUAGAGAACUUUAAGGAGGGCUACGAGAGCGAGGCUCACUGUUCAGACAGCGAGGGCAGCGGUGUGGACAUGUCCAGGAUGAAGGUCAAACCCGGUGUGUCGUCAUCUCAGUCGGGUGCCCAGCACACAGCCCAAAGCCAGAGCUCCUCGGACAGCAACGACGCGGACGACAAGGACUCGAAGAGUGAAGAGGAGAGUGACAGUUCAGACGACACGUUUGUCAAAGACAACUUCUACACCCCCAGCUCUGUGUGGAGGAGCUACACCACACGGGGUCAGGCCAAGGGCAACAAAGAAGGGAGUCAGGACAGUAAAGACGGACUUGGUGGUGCGGCCAAGGAAACAAGUGAACAGAAACCACCGUCGAUGCCAGAGGAGACGGGAAAAAGUAAAGUAGCUUCAUGGCUGACGAGUCAGGGGCUAAAGAAGGACUCAGGAGACAGCAAGAGUCAAGUAAAGUCAGAAACAGGAAAAAAGCAGGAUGUGAUGACGCUGUCUGACAGUGACGACGUUCAGACCAUCAGCUCUGGAUCUGAUGACAACAAAGAGAAAGAAAAAAUCAUACCAGGUUUGACCAAGAAGCAGGUGGCAGUUAAAUCGACUCGCGGCAUUGCUCUGAAGACCAGCCAUGGUAUGAUGGUAAAAUCAGGAACACCAGGAGGAAGUGGAGGUCAGGGGGGUCAGGGAAGCAAAACAGGACAACAAGGCCAGACCGCAGGAGGCGGAGAAAACAUUUCCAAAAACACCAGACUGUUCUUUGACGGCGAGGAGUCCUGCUACAUCAUUGAUGCCAAGUUGGAAGGAAAUCUUGGGCGAUACCUCAACCACAGCUGUAGUCCCAACCUCUUCGUCCAGAAUGUCUUUGUGGAUACGCACGAUUUACGAUUCCCCUGGGUGGCUUUCUUUGCCAGCAAGCGGAUCAGGGCCGGCACAGAAUUGACCUGGGACUACAACUAUGAGGUGGGCAGCGUGGAGGGUAAAGUCCUGUUGUGCUGCUGUGGAUCCACAGAGUGCAGAGGACGACUGCUGUGAUCUUCUGAACCAUUACAAACGUCAUUCCCUCAGCUGCAGCAAAGAGGACGCCCUUCAACACUGUAACCUUUUCAAUGCUGAACUAUGUUUCCAUAGUGUUGGUUUCCCCCCCUUUUUUUUUUAGAAACUUUAAACCCAGCUUUAUUUUACACUGUGUUUACAUUAUGUUGUUAUGUUAUGUUGUCGUAGCCUUGAAUAAAGGUAGUUUUCUAUAGUG